AUGCAUCGUCUUUUUGCUGAGCUGGAGCCAUCUAUAACCGUCACCGAGCAAAACCUGGCAGACCGAGUUUGGUAUGUCUUACGCUCAAAUAUAUUUGAUGUUGCCGAACUCGAACGGCUACGACUUGAGGGUGUUCCUUCAUCGGGUGCAAAUGCUACAGCUGAGGAUACGGCGCCACUACUUGCAGAGAAAACGGCAAACGUGGAUGCCGCCAUGAAUACCCCAGUUGUGGUUGAUUCAAACGAUGAUGGAACAAUCACCCAGGAACUGGAACUAGAGCAAAUAAGGAGUACAUUGGAAGAGGCGAUUGUGGAAACGCGCAGUACGCCUCUCGAAAAUCGACCGCGAUUUCCCCGCAUAGCCCUAAGCAAGCGGAAUCGGGCUGUCGUGAGGGCUCUGAACCUAAUGCUGGUGACCUAUUUGGAAGCCAGACGGGACCUUUGCGAGACGGACUCAAUUCUUUUCGGCGCCGCACUGGCAGUCUGCCGUAUUAUGGGUGCCAAACUCUCCACGGCUCGACGCGCUACUGGACAAAGUAGUGCUAUCCCAGCCUUGAGAAUAAGAAUUGAAGAACGUAUCGCAAAGGCUAGGCAUCGGCAGACUGAUAUGCUUCAGGCAAUACCAGGCCAAGGAUUGUGCGCACCGUCAGGGAUAAAUGUUAGUUUGUCCCAGCCGGAUAUAAUGCAAAAACUGACGGAGCGUAUAGACGACCUGAAGCAGAGAAUCGCUGCUUGGGGAAAGCGGAUUCGGUGA